UGUGAGCAGAAGGUGUUUGAUGUGUGUUUUUCCUCAGGUGAUGGAGAUGCAUCAGUCUACAGUGAUUCUGCUGCUGCUCUUGUGUGUGUCGUCCUUCACUCAUGCUCAAUCAUGGGCUCGUUAUCAAAACUUCCUCAAUCACCAUCGGGGUCCUUUUGUGAAUGUGGAGAUGUGUACCAGUGAAAUCAGACACAGGAAAAUAACUGACUCUGCUGGUAACUGCAAACCUGUCAACACCUUCAUACGAGCAACAGAUAAUUCCAUUACAGCAGUCUGUACCGGAGGAACUCGACUGUACUAUAACCUGUAUAGAAGCGGCACGCCAUUUGAUGUGGUCACGUGUAGAUUAUCAAGUGGGCAGAGACACCCAAACUGUGAAUAUAAUAGAGGGAAGUUAUCCACUCGUAACAUUGUGUUAGCGUGUGAACACGACUUGCCUGUACAUUAUGAAAUCUUAAAGUAAUGUACAGAGGACAGGCUGAAUAGAGCCUCACAGAUCUUUACAACAGUUCGCUUAUCAUUUGUUUACUUCUCUUUUUCUGUCUUUCUUUGUUUUUCAAUUGCAAAUAAUAAAAAAAAUCAGUGAGUCAAUUGUGAAGCCUAAAUAAGUAAAUAUAAUGUAAAAGUUUAAUGUGCAGUUUGUAACCAGUUCUUCACGUUGUAAACAUGACCAGCACUGUUUGAGAGUAAAAUCUAUAAUGAAGCACAGCUGUGAACAUGAACACACGUGCCUUAAACAUCGAUUGCUUGUUGUGUUUUGAAAAGCUACCUUACAAUCUCUAAUUAUAUUCUGAAGAACAGCAUACAAGUUCAUCUUCAAUGAAAAGAAAAUGUACCUCUGUCUUCAUGAGCCUCUGAUAAGAAUGAGUCUCUCAUCACUCACCUAAUUCAACAUAAUGUUAAAAAUAACUUUAUAUAAUUUCUUAUAUAAGUAUAUUCUGCACUUCUUCAUGCAUGUCUCUGUGUGUAAUUGUAAUGACAUUUAAAGCCUUCUGUUAACACUUUUAAGCAUUAUAAAACUGUUUAAUGGGAGUAGUGAAUGAAAACAGACGAGGGAAGAAAGAUGCAGAUGUUUUUUCCACAUGCCUGUAAUCCUCAGUAAACCAUCUCUAAUACCAUUAAA